CUUAAGAAAAACAGAGAUAUCUUUAGAUGAAAUCGAUGAAAAACGUGACUAUUUAAAAAUUGAUGGAUUCUUUGAGUUUGAAGGUGACAAUGAAAAUAUUGGUUCACCGCACAAUGGUAAAUUUAUGAUGUGUCUUGAAUUGAUCGCUGAGUUUGAUCCUUUUUUGGUCAAUCAUUUAUCAAAUUAUGGUAAUCCUGGGAAAGGUCAUACUUCUUACUUAUCUCAUUCAACUUAUGAACAAUUUAUUAAAUUGAUGGCAUCUAAAGUUCAAAAUAAAAUAGUCGAAGAAGUCAUAAGUGCACAAUAUUUCUCUAUAAUUAUUGAUUCAACUCCAGAUAUUGCACACAGGUCAUAUGACAAAGCGAAAAAUCUGUCUGGUCUUUACUCAGGCCUCCAGGCUAGAAUUAAAGAAAUUUCCCCGUUAGCUGACUUUGUUCCUUGUUCAGCACACUCUUUGAAUUUAAAUAUUUAUACAUUUUUUGCUGCAUCUACUCAUCGUUUGAACUUACUUAAAGUAAAUUUAACCUUAAAAAGUCUCUCUGAUACAAGAUGGUCCGCACGAGAUGAUGCAUGUAAAGCUCUGAACCAAAAUUGGGAUAAUAUUAAACAAAGAUUGUGUGACUUAUCAGAAAAUAUAAAUGAAAAACCUAAUACCCAUAAUGAAGCUCGUGGUUUGCUUAAAUUGAUGAACCGUUUUGAAGUUACCUUUAUGUCAUUAUUUUGGGGUAAUAUACUUCAACGAUUUAAUGUAGCUAUUACAUUAAAAGUAAAAAAAAAUCCUCCAACAACUAUAAUUGCUAUGAGUUCUAUGUUAAAAACAGAAGAAUUAGAAGACAUCUACCCUUAUGUGAGUUUUGCUUUACACAUGUUUUUAUGUACUCCGUGUUCAAAUUGUACUUCUGAACGGUCAUUUUCAACUCUACGUCGUAUUAAAUCUUAUGUAAGAUCAACAAUAUCUUAA